AAGCACCUUCGUAUGAUACACCAGCUCGUUCGUUUAGUAACAUUAUCAGAAAAAUCGUGACCAAAGUUUACAUACGCGUACCAAUUGGCCCAAGAAGUGCAUCAUUUCAUGAUAAUUUUAGAGAGCGUGCUGGUUUCCCAAUGGGACUCAAGUGGGUUCCGCGAAUGAAGCAGUUACAUAUGACCUUGUCUCUCGUAAGUCCUUAACGCUGUACUGUUUCUUAUUUUUUUCAACUUGAGAAACGCUAACACUGAGAUGGGAGUUAUUGGCUUUGAAAUUAAUGGCAAUUCUGCUUCUGCAUAUGUUUUGCAUUAUGGCGCCAAUUCGUUUUCUUCCUAUGCGGUUCCUAUUUCUUUGAAACCAUUUUUUGGUUAUGCUUUGAACACGAGGGUUGCAAAGAAGUUUCGGGUCUCUCAUGUUCGAAAGCUCAAUUGUGGGCCAGUUGUUGUUUCACUGAAUAGUGGCUCUAAUGCUGGGUUGAUUAGUGAGGGGUUGGAAUUUAAGCCAUCUUUCGACGAAUAUUUGAAGGCUAUGGAAUCUGCCAAAACUGUUAGGGGCAAGAAGCAUGCUUCUACUACUCAAAAACAGAAGGCGGUGGAAAAAGGUGUUGAAGGGAAUUACAAUAAAAAAUCUACUAGGGUUGGAGAGAAAAUUGAUAGAAAAGAUGGGUUUGAAGGUGCUAAAGAUGACGGGGCAUUAAGAGCUGAUGAACUAGUUGUGUACAAAGAAGGCUCCUCCACUAGUAGUGGUAAGGUCAGAGGAAUAUCAAAUAAAGGAUUUCAAAAUGAAUAUGAUGGGAAACAAAGCAACCUUGAUGUAAAGGCUAAGCAGAGAAACGGGGCAAAGGUAAGACAAGCUGGCUGGUUGAAACACCAGAGUCAUAGUUUAGAAUGGGAAUCUGAUGGCUGCAGUGGGAUUAAGAAUCAAGACCAAAGUGGAAGUGGAAGUGGAAGGAUAAGCAAGAACACAGUUAGGUCUAAUUUGGAUGAUAGGGGUGGGAAUGUCAUAGAGAGGGAAGUGUCUCAUCAUUUAUAUUCUUCAAAAAUGUCAGAAAAUAAAGUUGUUAGUUUCAGACAGAGGGAUUACAACACACAGGGAAAAACCCCUAGCGGAGACAAAAUUGUGGCUAACCAAAAAGCAAUGGAUAGAGUACAUGGUAGAAAACAUACUGAAAGUGGAAGUUUGAUGAAUAUAAAUGUACAGUCAAAAGUCAAAUUGAAUGGAAGCCGCAAGCGUUUCAUUGAUAGGGGUUAUAAUUCUGACAGCGUGGAGGUGGACCGAGCAGCAUUCAAGAAUCUAGAGGACCCUGACAAUGUUAUCAAAAAGUUGCAAUUUUCACAUACAGUGAUGGAGGAGAGAAUCCAAAAGCUAGCCAAAUCGUUGAAUGGUGCAGAUAUCAAUCUACCUGAAUGGAUGUUUUCUAAGAUGAUGAGAAGUGCAAGGCUCAAAUUUUGUGACUAUUCUAUAACAAGGGUUAUAAUCAUCUUGGGGACACUUGGAAACUGGCGGCGAGUGAUACAGGUCAUUGAAUGGCUUCAAAAGCGUGAACGUUUCAAGUCCCAUAAGCUAAGGCAUAUAUACACUGCUGCUCUUGAUGCACUUGGAAAGUCAAGGAGGCCUGUAGAGGCACUAAAUGUAUUUCAUGCUAUGCAGCAACACAUGUCCACUUAUCCUGAUUUAGUAGCGUAUCAUAGUAUUGCUGUUACUCUUGGACAAGCAGGAUACAUGAAGGAACUCUUUGAUGUGAUUGAUAUUAUGCAAUCACCACCUAAGAAGAAGUUCAAAACAGGGAUUUUUGAGAACUGGGACCCAAGACUGGAACCAGAUAUUGUAAUUUAUCAUGCAGUCCUUAAUGCUUGUGUUAAGCGGAAACAGUGGGAAGGGGCCUUUUGGGUUUUACAGCAGUUAAAGAAGCAAAGCCAACUACCUUCUGCUGCAACUUAUGGCCUAGUUAUGGAGGUGAUGUUUUCCUGUGGCAAGUACAACUUGGUGCAUGAAUUUUUCAGAAAACUUCAGAAGUCUUCCCUUCCCAAUUCAUUGACAUAUCGAGUUCUUGUAAAUACACUAUGGAAAGAGGGAAAAACGGAUGAGGCUAUAUUGGCUGUCCAAGAGAUGGAAAGACGUGGAAUUGUAGGUUCUGCUUCUCUUUAUUAUGAUCUAGCUCGAUGCCUAUGUGCAGCUGGAAGAAGUCACGAGGCACUAAAGCAGAUUGACAAGAUAUGUAAGGUUGCAAAUAAACCACUUGUAGUGACAUACACUGGCUUGAUGCAAGCAAGUCUAGACUCUGGAAACAUUCAAGAUGGGGCUUAUAUUUUUGAGAAAAUGAAGGAAAUUUGUGCUCCAAAUCUGGUUACUUGUAACAUAAUGCUGAAAGCUUACCUGGAACAUGGAAUGUUUCAAGAAGCCAAAGCGCUGUUUGAGCAGAUGUCAGAAAGCACAAAUCAUCUGAGGGGAAAUACUGAUUACAAAAUGCUGGUGAUACCUGAUACAUACACAUUCAACACCAUGUUAGAUGCAUGCGUUGCAGAGAAGAGGUGGGAUUAUUUUGAUUAUGUGUAUCAACGGAUGCUGUUCCAUGGUUACCACUUUAAUCCAAAACGUCAUCUUCGAAUGAUAUUGGAGGCUUCCAGAGCUGGAAAGGAAGGGCCUUUGGAGAUAACAUGGAAGCACUUGAAUGAAACAGACCGAAUUCCACCAGCUCCUCUGAUCAAGGAGAGGUUCUGUUUGAAGCUUGAGAAAGAUGACUAUGUUGCUGCUCUCACAUGUAUAACCAGUAAUCCCCCAAAUGACUUGCAGCAGUUUUCCAAGUCAUCUUGGUUGAAUCUUUUCAAAGAAAAUUCUCACCGGUUUCAGAAGGAUACACUUACUAGACUAAUGAAUGAGGCCAGCAAUAUAGUUUCCAAUAUUAGUUCCCCUAAUCCAACACUGGAGUAUUUAUUGAAGUCAUGCAAAGAAAUUUUCUUCGCCACUAUUAGUGCAGCUGACAGGGAUUCAGUGGAAAAUGUAUUUGCAGUAGACAGUAAAUUGAUAGCAGCCAACUCUAGAUGAACAUUUCUAUGCACAAUUUUGUAAUGUAUACUCAACCAAAUCCAAUGAAAGCCGUCUAUUAGAUGCAUUUCAUGCAAGUUUACGCGGGAAAUACUCCCCCAAAUCUCACCCAAACUUUUGCUUUUCGGUUAAUGGAUUGUAGAUAAUAAUAUGUUCUUCUUGUUACUUU